AUGGCAGACAACGGAAUCCAACCUCCCACAACUGUUGAACUGAGGACAAUAAUGGCAGAUCUUCAUGCCGAGGUUCGAAAAAUAGCCGAACAAUCGUCCAAGAAUCUUGGAGGGAGUAGUACUCAUGCUCGAGAAACAGAGCCAAUAGAGAUUACUCCGCCAAAGAUGAAGCUUACACUCGAUAACUCCUUCUCGGAAAGUGUCAUGAGUGUUCAGAUGCCAAAGAAUUUCGUGCUCCCCACCGGGCUCAAACCAUACGAAGGAUUCGGCGACCCACGCGUACACAUCAUAAAGAUUCAAUCUAUGAUGUUCUUUAACGGUGCAUCUGACCCUGUACUCUGUAGAUCUUUUCCAACUUAUUUAGAUGGUGCCGCUUUACUUUGGUUUUCUAAGAUUCCUGUAGGUUCCAUCUCUUGCUUUGAAGAUUUGGCAAGAUCCUUUAUUGACUAUUUCGCAGCUUCAAGAAUAUAUGUGCACGGGUCGGAUUACCUCAGCACCAUUAAACAGGGUCAACAUGAAAGUCUGAAGGACUACAUGACAAGGUUCGCCAAGGCGACCAUGGAGAUCCCAGAUCUCGACUCCAAGGUGUAUCUCCACGCACUGAAGAGCGGCCUUAGACCAGGAAAAUUCCAGGAGACAAUAGCCAUAACCAAACUCAGAACGUUAGAAGAAUUUCGUGAAAGGGCAACUAGACAGAUGGAAAUCAAAGAGCUUAGAGAAGCUCGGCGAACUGACAAACCACAACCUCGGCAAGAAGAGGAAAAACACCCCAAGACAUUGAGUCACAAGGACAAUAAGAAGUUCUUCAAGUUGACACCGAAAUAUGAUGCCUAUACCCAGUUCAAUACAAGGAGAGAACACAUCAUCAAGGAGAUAUUAAAUGCGAAAAUCACCAAGCCACCUAGCAGAGCAGGCUUGUAUCAAGACCAGAGAUACGUCGACAAAUCGAAACACUGCACCUUAUAUCAAAAGUUCGCCACACAACCGACGAGUGCGUGA